GUCAUUCAAAAAAUAAAAAUUCCAUUUGGUUCUCAUCAUAACGACACUAAUGGAGGGGUUAAACACAAAUGUGGACGUUGCAUUGCAUUAAAACUAAAAUACACCUUAUUGCUAAAACGGUACGACGAUAGAAGCGACAAGAAUACAUCAGACAUACCUAGUAUCUUUGGAUACCCACCUACCUAGGUAUCUACAUAUAAAAGAGCAGACAACCCUCAGAGAAAAUCUUCACUUUACAACUCAACACACUUUACAUGUUUACAAGUUUACAAGUUUACAAAUUAUCUUAUCUUAUCUUAUCUUCUUCCACACAUCCUCAAAAAUCCCACACAUUGUCACCAUGUCUAAUUUAGAAUAUUUCAACUACGAGGGUUAUGGACAAACAACCGCCAAGCAGAAUUUUUGGUACAGCCAAGCUGUUCGCGUAGGAGAUGUAAUCGAAUGUUCUGGUCAAGGUAAGUGAUACGAUUAAAAAUUACUCGUUUUUCUCUACCCCUCAUCACUCUUCCUCCUAUCUUUUUCCAAAGAUAGAUAAUCUUAAGAAUCUUAAGAUAUAUAAUUUUGAAUAAAUCACCAACCAACACAAUUACACACACAGGUGGAUGGGACCGAAUCAGUGAGGAAAUCUCCGAGGACAUCGAAAAGCAAAUCGCGCAAGCAUUCGACAACGUUGAGGCUGCAUUAAAGACUGCCGGUUCGAAAGGUUGGGAGGAUGUUUUCUCAUUGACGUCGCAUCAUAUGCCGAUCAAUGACGAAACUAUGGGCAUCAUGGUUCAGCUGUUGAAGAAAUACUGCCCAAAUCAUCAACCUAUCUGGACUGCUCUUGGAGUUCCUGCGCUCGCUCGCCCGGAUAUGAAGGUUGAGAUUGAAGUCAGAGCGUACUCGCCAAAGAAGUAAAUCAGAGUGGAGAGUUCGGAAUGUGAAGGUUCAGAAGUGCAAGUUUGGGGUUUUGGAGAUAUAUCUUUGUGGUAUAUUUGAGCCGGCAAGAAAAAGAUUUUGUACGUACUACUGCAUGAUUUUAAAUGGACAAAAAAUCAUCAGUUAGCUACUAGAAACAUGUCACUCACCACGCAAAUAAUCAAUUGCUUGAUACGGCCUGUGACUUUGUGAAAAUUUACUGCCCCAGUACACGACACGAACUAAAUCAUUAAUCGUUU